AUGCUGAAGUUCUUCCAAAAGAACCGCCGUCGUAACAGCGAACCGGCCGCCCACGUUCCUCAGAGAUUUCUGGUAAGUUGUUGAAAAUAUCUUUAUUUUCAUGAGAAUAUCUUACAAAUACACCUGGCCGUUCCGUAUAAUCCCUUCAUCCGGAAUUUGUUUUCAUCAGUUUUACUUUUAUUUUUCCUCUCCGUGCUUUUAGAAAUCUUAAAUUCCUAGAAACUCUGGGAUUAGAAUAGACUAGAGUAGAUCAUACAUUUAUUUGUCAGGAUAGUUGCAUUUCCCAAAAUGUGGAUAAUCCAACCUAACAGUACGCGCAACUAGGAUUUCUAUGAUCGUCUGAUUUUUUGCUUCUAUUCAGCAUAUUGGACUCCUGCUGCACUCUGUCUGACUCACGGAAACAGAUGCACGAAAAAGAAAGAAAUUUGAAUAAGUAACCAUGUUUAACAGGAAAGUGCGUGGAAACUUUUGGCAUUAACUGCAAAGAAACAAUGUUGUUUGUCGGUGCUAACCUCGCGGUGCCAGUGCCACUUGCCACAUGCCUCGUUAACAAACUAGUGUAACAAAUUGCGGGGCGGCGACCAUAAGAGCAACGUGAUGGAUACUCGCACGGCCGAAAACAUUGGGAGAAAGACCACGUGUCGGAAGGAAAACACGGCAACUGAAACGAACGCAACAGCCAUACAAAUAGUUGUUUGUGUCGUCGGUCGGCAGUGCCCCGUUGGGUUCUUACUCUUCCGUCCAAUCUCUGUUAUUGUAUCGCUUGACUGGGCUUUCUGUCUGGUUCGACAUCACGUCAGAAUGUAGAACAGAAUGUGGGUUCCGAAAUACUAAGAAAGUGGACGGAGUCAUCUGAAACUUAAAAAGUGCAAGAGAGUCUACUUCCGUGCUUCCAUUGUCGUGAAAAAUUCACAAGCGGGUCCCUAAAACACGUUUUGCCCCUGCAAACAUCGCACGUGUUUUGAUCUACCCGUCGUCGCUCCCGCCCAGGUUGAUCUUUGCCACUUCCACCCCUCCUCUCCCGUCGCCUCUCCCCAACUCCUCCCAUCUUUGUUAUCACUUUCAGUUUUCCAUCAGGAUUUCCCCCACUCAACGUGUUUCAAUUGCAAUCAGACUCUGAUAGCGGACACGUACAAUAACAAAAAAAUUAUGAUUGGUUAUCAUUCGGUUGACAUUAUUUGUGCCCAAUCUGUCAAGCAGCACCUUAUAAUCCUUCGUUUUUCUGCCUGACUUUGUUUAUAAUUAAAAGAGCGAUGAAACCAAAUAUCGUCCUGUUUUUGUGUUCUCUGUCUUCUAAAUAGACUGGAAUCAGAGUACAUUUUGAGAUUUCAGAGUGACAAUUUUAUUUUGAAAAUUGAAGAUGACAAUUAGAACGAAACAAUGUGGCGUCAUGAAAAAUAGCUGACGAACUUUGCCCGUUUGAAUCUCUCAGAGCAGAUUUGUAUAGGAUUAAAAGUAUAAACUAUUUAGUUUGUCUGGGUCAGAUAACAAAUUGUAUAAACAGCUAGUCGAGUGCAAAAUUUUAUUAUUUAUUCCAUCUGCUAGAAAUAGUCGAUCAUCAUCAACAUCACUUCCAUUAAAUAUUAUGAAUGCUUGAUCGUGAAAUAUUUGGAUCUUUGAUGCUGUUCAAUUGAGUUACUUAUCGGUUCUUGUACUUUGAACCCUUCGCUGCCGACCACCCAAUGUUUUUCGCAUUUUUCGCACUUCCAAAAUGCCAGUAGCUCCGGAGGCUGUCUUAGAGAAUCGCAAAUUUCGAGUCACGCGCCGAACCCUUCCUCUAUUUCUCUCUCUCUCUUCUUUUUUCUCAGUCUCAGCGUUCACAGAUAAUGGUGAGCCUGGCAUACUGUCUCUGGAUAGCUCUAAACUCUUCUCGCAUUUUUUUUUCCUUCCUAUUUCUGUCAUAAAAACUCAAAUUUCCUGCUGUCCUCCGUUUAAGAAGUGGAGAAAACGCGCACGGGACCGCAUAUCUGCUCUCUCGUUCUUCUAUUUUUAGAACUCAUGAAGCCUAGCUUGUAAACAACAUGCUUCGUCUAUUUUUUGUUGUUGUGACCACGUGAAAGUACAUUAUUCUCCAGUGGAUGAGAAAUUCUGUGAAUCAAAGACAACCAAUUUUGGGGAAGCGAUUAUUCAUAACAAAAUAAACUCUUCUUUAUAAUAACACGUUGAAAUGUCUCCUUUCCUCUUCCAAUUCUUUUACUUUUUCAGCUUGAAUCGCAAACAAGGCAACAAGGAAUGCUCGAGACGACCCCAGUCAACGUGUACGGUAACUCGAUGGAUCAUGGGUGAGUUCACGACCACAAAAACGGUGUUAAUCUGAAUUUAAACAAUCAACAUGUGAGAACGGGAUGAUUGAAAAUUGCCCUCCGGCGGAUUUCCGUUUGGGGACACGACCGGAUUAGUGCAGCACUUCUGAAUAUGUGUUUUCAAUAGUUUGUCUUCCAAAAAACUCUUCUGAUUGGUGGUCUCUUUCAUGCUGGUCCCUUUCAUUCUUCUGUCUUCUCACUCAAAUAAGUGUGUUUUGUUUGUACCCAAACAAAGUAGUGUAUUCUAGAUACGAAUCCGGGCCGAGCAUCGACCACUCGCGUCGUAGUUCAUUUGGCAUCCGUGAGAUUCCACUGCCGUCGCGUCGUCGCUACACAAUGCAAUCACGGCUUCAACGUCCGAAUGGAGAUGUUGGCGGACGCAAGACUUCCUAUCAAUAUGGCCUGAAUCCUACUUCUGGCAACAUGGAGGUCGAUGACGACGGCAUCAAGCCGGUGCCAAUGACGCGAAGACGGAUGAGCGUUCCGGAAAAUGUAUUCAGGAGAGCGGUUAGUUACUGGUCAUCGUGUAUUGUCAUCAAAAGAUUAUCAAACCUUCAGGAUUUCGCUAUCAUGCGCCCAGUUCGUGUUUUCAGCAACGAGGGAGCUUAUGAAGUUCUUUCCGCUUUUGGUAAUUUAGAUGUCCCUUGAAAAUUUUGAGACUAGUUUCUUUCCAGACCGUCAUGCCGAUCCGUACCACACUUUUAUGAAAUCAAUGCCGUGCUACGACUUGCAGCCAACUCACAGCUCUUUGGUCGUUUUCGACGGAAAAACAAAGGUAUUCACUUACAGAACUUGCAAACAUGACCUUCUCUUUCUUCAGGUCAAAGCUGCCGUUCAGGCUCUGUCCCAACACGGACACGUUGCCGCUGUGGUCACCAACACAGACAAGUACCAGGCGGAAUGCGUGUUCAACAUGGCCGAUUGCCUCACCGCCAUUUUGAUGGUUGCCUCAGGAGUCCGAGAGGUUGGAGACACUUGCAUUCAAUUUCGGAGCAAUUGGUUUCAGAUUGCCAGCAAAUCUUUGGUCGAUUUCUUGAAGGAAACCAAUUCAGGAGCUAUUAUCUGCAGCGGUGUCCAGAAUAGGUGUGUUUUCCGAUUUGUAUUACGCCUGCCAUCAGUUCUUUUUUCCACAACAAUAAAACCCCAGACUGCACUUCAAAUAUGGGUACACGAUUUAUCGUUUGGGUGUUUACGGGUGAAAUGAUGCAAGGGAGGAAGCGAUAAAAACAAUGGUGUUGAGGAUGGCAGUAAACAAGUAUCAUAUGAGAAUACGGUUUUUUGUUCGUUGACAAAGUUAUGAUGAAACAAAUGGGAAGAAAUCAGAGAUCAGAUAAACAAACAACUGAGACCCGCAUGCUAUUUUCUCAUGAGAGAGAAGAAAUUGGAGAGAAUGAACAAAGGGACCAAUUUCUUUUUUUGCAGUGUCUGGGAAGCUGCCAAUAUCAUCUCGCACAACAAAGUCAGCUUCAUUCCAAUCUUUGAUACGGUACUUUACAAUGAGGACGAUAUCAUAGCAUGUUUCAUGAAUUUCAGAUCAUUCCAAAGCCGGGUACUCCACUCUUCUUCUUGACUACUCGUAUGAUCUUGCAGGAAAUCGUUAUGAAAUUGGUACUUGCGAGAAAAAUAUUUCUUCUAAAACGAAAAUUACGUUACAGAGUGAUUUCGGAGAUGCAAUUCUUCUGCACGUCCGUCAGGCGACCCUUGAACAGAAGAGAAUCGGCACGUGGAACAGCGACGUCGUGACGGUGAGUUUCAUGUGUCAAACGGUGACUCUGAACGACCGAAAACCACUCUUUUCUGGUUCAAACAAUAUCAAAAAUUUGACCGUCGAUCUUUUUCCUCAAUAACAAGUCUCUGCCGGUGUGCGCCGGCGCGUCUCUCGCAUGACAAUUGUCUCUUCGCAGGCGAGUUUUGCAAAGGUCACAUGCCUCUCGUUUCCUUCUGUCUCGAGUCGUUGCCCUUUUGUUAUUGUGCGGAAUUCCAUUGGAAAUUUAUCACAUGCUGUCGCCUCUUCUCCGUCUUUUGUGUCUUGGCUGUCGAACGUCGCAUACCUCUGCUUAGCCAGUUGUGUGUGUUUCUGUGCUCACAAAAUUUCACGGCGCUAUGAGUUCUUUUUGUUGAAUCAGAAAGAGUGGCAGAAGAAAAACCAAAAACGAGAAAAACAUUGGAACACUGGGACAUUUUGAAACUUUUUAGGUCGGAUUGAAUACCACCGUGGAGGACACUAUCAAGUUGAUGGCUGAGAAGAAAAUGUCGACGAUCCCAGUGGUCAACGAUUUUGACCAGAUUGUGGGCAUGCUCGCAAGAAAGGACAUUAUUUUCGAGAUUCUGUGCCAUCAAGGGGGCAACUUCCAUGAGAUGCUCCGUGAGCCGGUCAAGUCACUCCGUCACAUGCAGGCGAGACUUGUCUACGGACGAUCCAACUACACCAUCUUUGAAACUGUGGCCAAACUUAUGACAACGGACAAGAAUUGCCUGGUAAACAUAUGUCCUUGGGCAAAAUUACAGAAAAAUUAGAUUUUCAGCCGAUUGUUGAUGACGGAAAACGCAUUCUCGCCGUGGUUUCCUACAGCGACAUUCUGACCUACAUCCAAACUGCGGAGAGGACUCCGACUGAGGAUCGCUCUUUUUCGGACAACUCGAGCACUUCGAGCGUGCCCAGAACGGCCAAAUAG